AUGCCUCUGAGCGUCGUUCCUCAACACGGAACAGAAAGCCCGGUUCACGAAAACAGCACCUUCGAAGUAGAAAGCCCCAUCCUCGAACACAGUCUCUUCGAUGUAGAAAGCCCUCCCCACGAACAAAGCCCAAAGGUGCCCACUCUCCCAGUGUUUGACACAGCUGAUUUCGGCGUCGACAAUAUCAAGGCAGCGGGCAGCAAUGAGGGAGCGAACCAUAACGGCAUCCCCAACGAGGUUGUAUUUGACGGCCAACUGUAUACCGAGACAAGCUUCAGUCCGGCAAACGCAUUUCAAGGCGACCACAGCUUUCUAGUGGCAGUGCUGGAAGGCGAGGAUGACUUCGAUCCGGAGGAGAAGGGCCCAGAGUAUCUGGUCUUCCGCGGGGGUCUUUACCAAAAGUGUGAUUUCGAACCACACCUGAUCCCAGACUUCGUACCAAGAGUAGCCAAGCUCGAUACACAGAUUCCAAAUCUCCAAACGCCAUCCAUCGUUCGACCUAGCCUUGUUUCUUGUCCUUAUGCCACCUCAGUUGCUCCUCUGCCGUUAGGAUUUGACUUACCUCCCAACCAACGGCCUGGUCAGUUCCUUGUUCCGACUGCCAACAAUGCCCCUUCGUGCCGUCAACAUGGGCGCUACUUUUGGAACGAUACACACAAUCAAUACCUGUGGGAAUUGAUAGAGACAGCAAUAGGACAGUUGAGUCGACGCCUUGAACGCAAGGACUUCCAAGCCAUCACGGAAGCCUUGCACAGAAAAUUUCGAGGCACCUACACCAACGGUGUACAGUACCCAGAGAGAGGAUACAACACUGUACACUCGUAUGUCGUGAAGCAAUGCAAGGAUAACUAUAGCGCGCUCGAGUUGCGAGUCCUGGGAAGCACUGGAGGUACUGGAGGUGGCGUCGGAGGCAGCGAUAGUGGAGGGAAAUGA